AAUCUCUAUGGUGUUUUGGUUCCGAAGAGGAAGUUGCGAGAGAAAAGAAAGGAGGAGACGUGAUCGGGGUUGUUGAGAUAAUUUCACGGUCCAGCACAACGAAAUUAAACAGUUGACGAUAAUUAACGGCCAUAUCGUUGGAGAACAGUAUAGUGGAAAUCAUCAGCUGACUCCCAGCCGGCAAACCACGGGACAGUGCAGCGUGUGUGUGAGUGAGUGACACGGAGUGGGGUGAUUGACACAGGUCAUGGCCAAUCGGGGAGGAGCGACACGCCCCAACGGGCCCAACGCCGGCAACAAGAUCUGCCAGUUCAAGCUGGUGCUACUGGGUGAAUCUGCUGUGGGUAAAUCCAGCCUGGUGCUGCGCUUCGUCAAAGGCCAGUUCCACGAGUUCCAGGAGAGCACAAUAGGAGCUGCUUUUCUGACCCAAACGGUGUGUCUGGACGACACAACGGUGAAGUUUGAGAUCUGGGACACGGCAGGACAAGAGAGAUACCACAGCCUGGCUCCCAUGUACUACAGAGGAGCCCAAGCAGCCAUCGUAGUCUACGACAUCACCAACGAGGAGUCUUUUGCUCGAGCGAAGAACUGGGUGAAGGAGCUUCAGAGACAGGCCAGUCCUAACAUAGUCAUCGCACUGUCCGGUAACAAGGCUGACCUUGCCAACAAGAGAGCUGUUGACUUCCAGGAUGCGCAGUCCUAUGCAGAUGAUAAUAGUCUACUCUUCAUGGAGACGUCGGCAAAGACAUCCAUGAACGUGAACGAAAUCUUCAUGGCAAUAGCGAAAAGGUUGCCCAAGAGCGAGCCCCAAGCAGCUGGCCCCAACAGCGGGCGAAGUCGGGGGGUGGACCUAACGGAGACCGCCACCCCCACCAAGGCCCCCUGCUGCAGUACCUAAGGCAACACCCUGUUCCAGCGCUGUGAUUCGUCAGUCACUAUUGAGACGCCCCUCCCCCCCCUCCCAAAACUAUUUUGAUCUGCAGUAACACACAAAGCUAAGCUCCACCCCUUCCGUCUCGUCUCUUCUCUGCAGUUGCUAACACAAAGCCCCGCCCUUCAGACAGGAAGUGACUAAUUACAAGCUCCGCCUCCAAAACGGUCUGGUCCAAUGGAGCGCCUCUAACUCAGCUGUCACUAAUCCCCCUCCCCCCCACUCUGUGUGUAACCUUGGAAACGAGAGGCGUGGCUUCCUUUGCCCUGCCCCUCCGGCACAGCUAAGGACUUUAGAAAAACAUUUCUAAUGAAGUCUUCUUCUUUUUCUGACUCAUUAUUUUUUUUUAUUUGAUUUGAUUUGCUUUUUUGUCUGUUUUUUUUAUUUCCUCUCUCCUUGUUUUAAAUGUACUUAACAGAAUUAUGAAUGCAUGCAUCACUACAAGGCCUAACAUAAACAAAAAAACAACAACAACACACACACACACACACACACACACACACACACACACACAAAACACACAGCACACGGCAAGGAUUUGUGCUGUUCCAUGAAGAUAUAAACAGGAGUUUGGUCAACACACUAGCACAGGCACACACACACACACACACACACACUGACACUUACCUGCAAACACACAGUAGUCCAUACAGAGGCACAGCCUUGUCUACUUCCUGCAGACCUGCUGAUAUUGUGGAGUUGUGCAUAAACGCGUCAUGUUACACCGUGUUAAGUGUGUGUGUGUGUGUGUGUGUGUGUGUGUGUGUGUGUGUGUGUGUGUGUGUGUGUGUGUGUGUGUGUGUGUGUGUGUGUGUGUGUGUGUGUGUGUGUGUGUGUGUGUGUGUGUGUGUGUGUGUGUGUGGUUGGUUUGGCUGACCAGAAACCCUCAUAGAGAACAGCACAGAGGUAAAAACUUAAGACACAUUGGCACAGGUCACACUUAACCUUUAGUUGGUUGGUUACACACACGUUCACUUUUAGAGCCGAAAGUAGAGUUUGUUUUUCCCCCCUUCUCUUCCUUCAUCUUCAUGCCUGUCUCAUAAUAUAUCCACACACACACACAAACACCCCCCCCCCCCAUCUGGUCUGUAAUUCUGACAGCUGUCUUUUCAUGCCUUGCACUAAGUAUGCUCAUGAUUCUGUCCGAUGACCGUGUGACAUAGAGAAAUAUAUAAAUAAUUUACUGUAAAUAGGGUGAUGCAAUGUAGUCGACUUUUCAUUUCAUAUUUACACAACUAAUGCUUGCUAGGGAGUUGUCUUGGUAAUGAUAAAACAAAAAAAAACUGUACAGUAACCAGUAACCUGCUUUGAUAUGGGUUUGGACAUAUGAGCUUUUGUUUUUUUGUUUUGUUUAUUUUUCACAGAAAUGGUUAAAUUAUAAUCUUUGGUGGUCUUUAUAAAUGUAUGUAGUGUUAUUAACAAAUGGAAAACAAAACAAAAAAAAAACAGACGUGCAUUUCUUUAGUCUGAACUGCUGAGGGUUGUAUUAGUCCUAACAGGUUUCCCCUGUCGGCCUGCCCCCCCUGCCCCUGCCCCUGCCCCGCACUUAUCCAAUCAGAGCUGACCCAACACCACCUAGCCCCUCCCUCCCUCCGUCAAUCAGACUCCCUGACCAACCAGACACAAGGCACUGGACCAGAGGCCCUGGCUGACUGGCUAGCUGUCAGUCACAUGAUGAGUGAAAGUUAGGGUGAGCAGGAGGAGAGAGGGAGCUGCGCUGACCUCACGUGCGCUCGCUCGCCAGCUCGCUCGCAGAACCACACACACACACACACACACACACACACACACACACAGGGUUCCACAUGUUCUUGUGUCCUCUAGAACGUUCUCCAUCCGCUGGGUGUGUGUGUUCUACAUGUUUAUUUGCAGUGAGUGCUGAAUGCAGCCAGGUCAAGAAAAAAAAAGAGAAAAGAAAUUAAAAAACGACAAAAUCUAAAUGCGAGCAUUUUACAGUACUAUUCAUUUACCAAAUAAAAACAUCAAUAAAGACAUGAAUACCUAA